GAGAAGAGGCUCUUCAUCUCCGGUAGAUUUCACACCUCGCAUCUCGCCUAAAAAUCGGUCAUAAAAGCUGCUGUACUGCCCCUCUCCCCGGCUUCAUUCUUAUUGUCCGACCCGUGAUCUGUUCCAGCGAGAUAGCUCGUCGACCCGUGAUCUGUUCCAGCGAGAUAACUCGUUGUCGCGCUAGCAUGGCUGAACGAAGCUAAGAAGCUACGCUAACCAAGCUAAGCUAAGCUAACCAGGAAGUGACUCGCGAACGAAGCUAAGCUAACCAGGAAGUGACUGGCGAACCAAGCUAAGCUAACAAGGAAGUGACUGGCGAACCAAGCUAAGCUAACCAAGCUUUUUUUUAUGUCUAUUUAUAAAUUAAAAAAAUUACAGACAGUAAGUCAAAGAACAAUAUAAAACAUUAUGAAAACAGCGCCAGGGGGUUGUAAAUUCAAAAUAACAAAAAUAGAAUACAAAAAAUAUAUAUAUGUUAAACAAAGGCUCAUUCAGAUUCAUUAAAUAACUUAAAUUUGCAACACAGUAUUAUCGUUUUCACAGCUUUUAUGUUGUUAGAGGUAGAGGGCGUUUUAAUGUAAAGUUCAAAAUCUUUUUUAAAAGCGCAAAAGAUAGGUCGGUUAUUGAGAAACUUACAUUUAUGAAUAUAAAACUUACCCAAUAGAAAUAAUGAGGUUGCAAAGGUAGAAUACAUUUUCGAAUUGUUGUUCCUACAGUGUAAAACCAAAAAUCACAUCUUUAAAGCAAAGCACAAAUUUGUCAUGAAUAUUGUCCGAGCUAACCAAGCUAAGAUAAGCUAAACAGGAAGUGACUCGCGAACCAAGCUAGGCUAACCAGGAAGAGACUCGCGAAUCCAUCCAUCCAUCCAUUUCUACCGCUUAAUCUCUUUGGGGUCGCGGGGGGCGCUGGAGCCUAUCUCAGCUACAAUCGGGCGGAAGGCAGAGUACACCCUGGACACGUCGCCACCUCAUCGCAGGGCCGACUCGCGAACCAAGCUAAGCUAACCAGGAAGUGAAAAGUGACAGCGGCGUUGCGCCCUCUGCCUCCUCCCCUAAUCUACCGCCGACUUCCCUGUCACUUUUACGAGCACUUCCACCGUCCGGAGGCGAGCUCGCUCACUUGCCACUGCCGUGUUGUGUCCUGGCGUGGGCCGCGGGAGGAAACAUUAGCAGCCGUGAAAGCAGAGUAACCCGCGAUAUAGCCUUUCUUCUCGGCGCUCUCAACUUUGUUGAAGCCAAUUUGGAAGAUGGCGACCAGCUCGGAGCGCAGUCCUCCUCCCUUCCCCGACUCGGAGGACCAAGACCUGCUGGACUCCGGAGACGUCGGAGGCCGAGGCAGCGACGAAGACGACGGGGACGACCUCUUCAUGAGUGUGAGCAACGCCUCACUUAGCGAGAUGGACACCAAGCUGCAGUCUAGCGGCCAGCCUGGGGACGAUUUACUGACGCCUCCCAACGACAUCGUCACCAGCAGCGAUCCCGUCAGCAGCCAAUCAGGAUCCAAAGCGGCGAGCGAGCCCUCAGACGAGUUUGUGGACCUCACAAAUAGUCCGGGCGACUCGCUGGGGUCCGACAGCGCGACGAUGGAUGAUGAAGAAGCAUCCAGUGAAAUCCCUCUGAACGACGACUUUGUUGAUAUACUGGGAAGCGAAACUGAAGAGCAGCGACAGGAAGCGGCAGCAGGGCGGGCGGAGACCACGCAGGGUGAAAUUGAGUUGACCGUAGAGCCAGCUGUAGAAGAUGCAGCGCCACUUUUAGACAUCAGUGGUGAUUCACCAGCAAAUCCCACAUCGCAGCCACCUGGCAAAAUAGCGGACCCUUUGCUGGACUUCCUCGUAGACCCCGUGCCUGUCGUGGUCCACAAGCAAAGCACCCCUGUCGUCGCAGACCUGUUCGAAGACGAGGGCAGCGACCUGUUUGCCGACUCACGGCAGACAAAACCUUCCAAGCUGCCUCAUAAGAGCCUCUUUGGCGAGCCGGACGACGAUAUGUUCACAGAGCCGCUGGGUGGCAAGAUGCCCACAAUGGACAAACCGCUCGCCCCAAAGGCUGCAAGUACCGGCGCUGGCAGCGGUAAAGUUGGUGGGCCGCUGUUGGAGAGCAGCAGCGGCAACGUUUUUACAGAGGAAGCCGUCGCCAAGCUCCCCAGCAAGCCCUCCCUCGUCAACACGGCCACUAACGGAGUCCACGAGGAAGAAAACCCUGACAUAUUUGCAGACGCCACAGUGGAGCUCUCUCUCGACAGUCCACGCAGCGAGAGAAAGAAUGAAACCGCCUCCGCCACCAAACCUUCGACAUCUUCUGCUGCUUCCGUGUCGAACGCUGCUUGUGUGGUGGCCAAGACUCAGGCGGACACGUUGGAGGAGUUGGAAGCAGAAGAAGAGGAAGACCAAUUCGACAUUACCAUCUCUAUUACCGACCCAGAAAAAAUAGGUGAUGGGAUGAAUGCCUACAUGGCCUACAAAGUCUGCACUCAGACCACAAUGCCCAUGUUCCGCAACAAGACCUUCACGGUGAGGCGGCGCUUCAGCGACUUCCUGGGCCUGUACGAGAAGCUGUCAGAGAAACACGGACCCAACGGCUUUAUCGUGCCUCCUCCGCCCGAGAAGAGCAUCCUGGGUAUGACCAAGGUGAAGGUGGGGAAGGAAGACUCAUCGUCUGCAGACUUCCUGGAAAGAAGAAGAGGCGCCCUGGAAAGGUACCUUCAGAGGGUGGUGACUCACCCUUCACUUCUCCAAGAUCCUGACGUCAGAGAGUUCCUGGAGCGAGACGAAUUGCCCAGAGCUGUGAGCACGCAGGCUUUGAGCGGCGCCGGCUUCCUGAAAAUGAUCAACAAAGCGACAGACGCCGUCAGCAAGAUGACCAUCAAGAUGAAUGAGUCAGAUGUGUGGUUUGAGGAGAAGUUGCAGGAGGUGGAGUCUGCGGACCAGCAGUUCCGAAAGCUCCACGUGCUGGUGGAGUGUCUGGUCAUCCACAGGAAAGAGCUCUCCACGAACACGGCCAGCUUCGCCAAGAGCACCGCCAUGUUGGGCAGCGCCGAGGACAAUACGGCGCUGUCCCGUGCCCUCUCGCAGCUGGCCGAGGUGGAGGACAAGAUGGAGCAGCUGCAUCAAGACCAGGCGGCCAAUGACACCUUCCGCUUCGCCGAGCUCAUCGCUGAUUUCAUACGGCUGCUGGGCGCCGUCAGGGGCUCGUUUGACCACCGCAUGAAGGCGUGGCAGCGCUGGCAGGACGCACAGACCAUGCUGCAGAAGAAGCGGGAGACCGAAGCCAAACUUCAGUGGGCCAACAAGCCUGACAAGGUGCAGCUGGCCAAAGAAGAGAUCGUGGAGUGGGAAGCCAAGGUGACUCAAUACGAGCGAGACUUUGACAGAGUUUCUGCCACUGUGCGCAAGGAAGUGCUCCGCUUUGAGAAAGAAAAGUCGAAAAAUUUCAAAAGACAGAUCAUCAAAUAUCUGGAGACUCUGCUCAAGUCCCAGCAACAGCUGAUGAAGUACUGGGAGGCCUUCUUACCUGAAGCGAAAGCUAUCGCCUGAGGAGGGCGCUACACUAAAUGCCUUUUAUUCUUCUUUUCCUUUUUUCACUCCUGCCUUGUAAAAGCCAAGGACAAACGUGUGCUUUAAAGAAGACCCAAUCAAAAUGCUUUCUUUCUCAAAUCGACAUAGAUGACUUAUUAUGAAGUGUAUAUUUUCCAUAUAAUCUUCCACAGAUAUUUUCUUAUUAGAGGUAUGAGCCUGUGUAAAAAAAAUAAAAAAAAGAAGACGGGGGUCAAGGGUAGGGAAUAGAUAGCUGGAAGUGUCGCCGUGGCACAAUUUUGUUUACAUCACAGGGGACCCACACGGUGACGGUAGCCACCCCUUUCUCUCGCUCAUCGAUUCAAAAAGGGAUAAAGCCAAAAAUCUAUUUUCGAGCACUUCCUGCUGGAUAAAAUACUGAAGUAGCAGAUUUAGUUUUCUUUACUGCCAGUAGAUGUUGAGGCAUUACCGGUACAUCAUGGCUGUGUGUGCAAUGGUGUCAUAGGUCAAGCUUAUACACUUGUAGUAAAAAACACACUUCACAUAUCUGUGCCUUCUUGUGGACGCCACUUGUCCACCUCAGAGACACUUUAGUCUUGCUUGCAAAUAAAGCAUGUUUUUUUUUUUACUGCAUAUUGUCUUUCAACUUUUUUAACGUGUUUUCCUUGAAUCUACUGUACAAAGGAAGGGAAAAAAAGGAUUAAUUCGCUCAGAUAAAGUGAUAACUCUGAGGAAAAAGCAAUUUUCUGUAUACAAUCAGCAUGUAGUAUUGUCCAAUAUUGUCCAAUUUUUUUCUCAUUAAACUGCAUAUUUCUCUAUCACCUUUGUUUUUUUCCUGUAAAAUUACAACUUUACAAAAACAUUUGUUUUGAUAAUAGAUGUAGAUUGUGUAAAAGCAACAUUUAAAACUAUUUUUCUUCUAAAAUUACAAAUUAUUACAGGAAUUGUGUUUUGGUCUUUAGUCCAUUAAACAUUUUUUUGUAAUUACACCUUUUUAUAAAUUGGAAAAAUUGUAAUUCUUAAUAUCACUCUCAUAAAAUGGUUUCCUUUUUUGUAAGACCUUAAUUGUUUCUUCUGUCAGAGGAACCUAUUUUAUUUUCUGCUUUAUCAAAACUUAUAUAAUUACAGGUGAAACUCAAACUAGAAUAUGGUGCAAAAGUAAAUUCAUGUCAGCAAUUGAACUUCAAAUGUGAAACUGUGAUGUAAACAAAUGACAUGCAAAUUGACAUAUGUCAAGCCUUAAUUUGAUGGUUAUUGCUUCCAGUUUUUGAUUUGCAAUUUGAGGUUUUCAUAAACGGUAAGCCAUAAUAACCAAAAUUAUAUCAAAAGGUGGUGUGAAAUAUCUUGAGGUAUUUGUUAUGAGCUUACGUCAUAUUCAUUUCACCUUGUAAAUCUAAUUGCUGGAAUAAACAAACCUUUGUACGAUAUUAACAUUUUCCAUUCGAGGUUGUCAUAAGCUGUGAGCCAUAAACAUCAAAAUAUCAAGAGGUGGAGUGAAAUAUCUAGAGUUGCUUGUUGUGAGCCUAUGGUAUUAGUUUCACCUUGUAAAUCUAAUUGUUGAAAGAAAGAAACCUUUGAGUGAUAUAAAAAAUAGUUUUGAGUUUCACUUGUAUAUUUUGUAAAAUGACAACUUUUUUCUUUUUGGUAACAACUAAAUCCUCGCAAAAUAACAACUUGACAUUUCGUCUGGUAAAAAGAAAUACAAUCUUGCAAUCCCGAUUUUUAUAUUUUAUUCUUCCAAAACGUUGUUUUAUGUUGUAAAAUUGUGACUAUUAAAAAUUACUUUGCUCUCACUUUGUGCAAAACUACAACGUUAUACUCAUUUGUUCUUUUUUUUUUUUUUUUCAUUUUUUGACAGCCCAAAUAUUCCUUUGAAAUUGUGGACAAAUGAAUAUUAUGUAAAAAAAAAAAAAGCAAGUUUAAAAAAAAAAAGAAAUUACUACGUCUGUAAGUGAUUAGUGUGAUGUAUUGCAGAGACACUAGUAAUCCUGCUCUACAGUAAACAUCCUAAAUAAUAAGUGCAUAUACAAAUAUUUGAAAUGUUCCUUUUGAAGGAAACACGUUUUUUGAUAAUUGGUUUAAUCUCUUGACAGUCUUACAUCAUGUUCACACUGAAAGUCACAGAUCAUUUCACUUUAAAUUCCUGCCAAUGUCUUUAUUUGCCACGUUACUGAAUAGAAAGCGCCCAGAAUGGCGUACGAAGACAUGUCACCAAUGUGCACUGCGUCAUGAAAAAUGACCUUUUGAAAAAUCAAAUCAAUAAAAGUUGCACUGUUUACACUUGGAA